UUUCUCUCCGCUCCCUGUAGGCUCGGGUUAUGUACGAUUUUGCUGCUGAACCUGGAAAUAAUGAACUGACAGUUAGUGAAGGAGAAAUCAUCACAAUUACAAAUCCGGAUGUUGGUGGAGGGUGGCUGGAAGGAAGAAACAGCAAAGGAGAACGAGGGCUUGUUCCCACAGACUAUGUAGAGAUUUUGCCCAGUGAUGGGAAAGAUCAGUUUUCUUGUGGAAAUUCAGUGGCUGACCAAGCCUUCCUCGACUCCCUCUCAGCAAGUACAGCUCAAGCCAAUUCAUCAGCUGCCAACAGUAGUAACCAGGUGGAUAUUUUGGCUCAGAUUGGUUGUAUUGAGAGUCUCAGCCAAUCACCACCUUCUUCAUCUUCUCCUUCUCCUUCUUCUUCCAUAAAUAAGGUUAGCGGUGGCAGUGACCCCUGGUCAGCCUGGAAUGCUUCCAAAUCUGGAAACUGGGAAAACUCGGAUGGCUGGGGCGCCAAACCAGAGGGGGCUGCAGCCCAAAGAAACACUUCCAACAACUGGGACACUGCCUUUGGUCAUCCCCAGGCCUACCAAGGACCAGCAACAGGUGAUGACGACGACUGGGAUGAGGACUGGGAUGAGCCCAAAUCGUCUGCCGCCUACUUCAAGGACCCAGAGUCGGCCGAAGCGGGGGGCGCUCAGCGAGGAAACAGCCGUGCAGCCUCCUCUUCCAUGAAGCUGCCACUUAACAAAUUUCCUGGAUUUGCAAAGCCUGGAAUGGAACAGUAUCUGCUGGCCAAGCAGCUAGCAAAACCCAAAGAGAAAAUUCCCAUCAUUGUUGGAGAUUAUGGCCCAAUGUGGGUUUACCCUACCUCUACAUUUGACUGUGUGGUAGCAGAUCCCAGGAAGGGCUCCAAGAUGUAUGGUCUGAAGAGCUACAUCGAAUAUCAGUUAACACCGACUAACACUAAUCGAUCUGUAAAUCACAGGUAUAAGCACUUUGACUGGUUAUAUGAGCGCCUCCUGGUUAAGUUUGGGUCAGCCAUUCCAAUCCCCUCUCUUCCAGAUAAGCAAGUCACAGGUCGCUUUGAAGAAGAAUUUAUCAAAAUGCGCAUGGAGAGACUUCAGGCCUGGAUGACCAGGAUGUGUCGCCAUCCAGUCAUCUCAGAAAGUGAGGUUUUCCAGCAGUUUCUGAAUUUCCGGGAUGAAAAGGAAUGGAAGACUGGGAAGAGGAAGGCCGAGAAAGAUGAGCUAGUGGGAGUUAUGAUAUUUUCCACCAUGGAACCAGAGGCACCAGACCUGGACCUGCUAGAAGUAGAACAGAAGUGCGAUGCUGUUAGUAAAUUCACCAAAGCCAUGGAUGACGGCGUGAAGGAGCUGCUGACGGUGGGGCAGGAGCACUGGAAGCGGUGCACCGGACCAUUACCCAAGGAAUAUCAGAAGAUAGGAAAGGCCUUGCAGAGUUUAGCAACAGUCUUCAGUUCUAGUGGUUAUCAAGGUGAAACAGAUCUCAAUGAUGCAAUAACCGAAGCAGGAAAGACUUACGAAGAAAUUGCCAGUCUUGUGGCAGAACAGCCAAAGAAAGAUCUCCACUUCCUGAUGGAAUGUAAUCAUGAAUAUAAAGGUUUCCUUGGCUGCUUCCCUGACAUUAUUGGCGCUCACAAGGGAGCAAUAGAAAAAGUGAAAGAGAGUGAUAAACUGGUCGCAACUAGUAAGAUCACCCCCCAGGACAAACAGAACAUGGUGAAACGCGUUGGCACCAUGUCUUACGCGUUACAAGCUGAGAUGAAUCACUUUCAUAGUAACCGGAUCUAUGACUACAACAGCGUCAUCCGCCUGUACCUGGAGCAGCAGGCGCGGUUCUACGAGACGAUUGCCGAAAAGCUGAGGCAGGCCCUCGGCCGCUUCCCGGUGAUGUAGAAAGAAUGGAACGUGAAGAAAACUCCGAAGUGCUUCUCUCUGACUUGCGGCAGCGCAACUUUAUUUUUCUCCCCCAUCAACUAAAAAAAGAAAGAGUGAAAGAAAGAAAACCAAAAAGAAAUAGAAUGGGAAAAAAACUGCAUUUCCUUAAUUAACCAGCCUAAAUGCAUUGAUUAUUUAGAGCUAGUCUUUUGUUCAUUUCCACAUCCAUUAUUUAAACCAGUGGAAGUUGUCUAUUUUUGGAAAGUACUUAAAGAUAACAGAAUUUUGAAUGGAAAAUUCUGGAUUUUCCCCACUGAUACUUUACAUAAAAUUGUCAUUUAUGAGUCACGCACAGUCUUCCAGUUCCUGCCCAACGUCAGAUAAUUGCUAAUUGCUUUCUUAAAAAUAAGAAAUAGGCCAGAAUAAAAAAUAUAUAUGUUUGUAUAUUUUUAUAACUUUUUUCAGCCCUUUGGGGUUCCUGCCUAUUUAGGAGAAAAUCUCAAUGCCUUUCACUGAUGUAUUUAUGACACAAGUACUUACGUUUUCAGGAGAGCAGGAGCAGAGCGGGGCCCCCGGGCUGCGUCACCUCAUGUGCCUGUGCAUGGGCGGCACGUGUGCCUUCAGAGGACAGGCUUGCAGAAGCCCAUGGUCGGACCCCCUUGCCCCGCGCCUCUCCCCCUUCCCGGGAGAAGGCCUGAGCGCUCUGAGGACACACACUCCUCCCAAGCUCUCCACUCGCUUUUAAGUCUUGAGCGGUUCAGACAUAAUGAGAAACGCCGGGGAAAGUGUGAUUUGCCACUUGAUUGGGAUUGCAGAGUCGCGGGCCAGUGGGUAUUGUCUGGAAAGACAAAGCACAGGUUAGCAAACCUCUCCCGUCCCCACCAAAUGGAGAAGUUUAGGGACAGUAAGGGUGGCAGCUGCAGAAUGUGGGGUAAUCCCCGAGCCGUAUGUUUGAGGAAAAGUGUAGGGUGCUGUUCCUCCCGACUGCAUCCUAAACUUCAGCCAGAAUUUUUUUCAUCACUGGUACUUCACUUAACAGCAUAAGGUGAACAGGAUCUUUGCAAAACCGUCAGCUUUAAAUCUGAGACUCAGACACGGUCUUAUUCCGCAGACAACACGCCGGCCUCCACAGCUGCCUUACUGCAUCCAUCACCUCCCACUGCUUUCAUUUUCCUGACCUAGUAGUUUUAGAAAAUGGAAAUUUUGGGCCAGCACAAAUAAAGUGAAACCAAAAAAUAAGUAGAAGAGGAAAUCAAAUGAAUAUGAGAACUUCUUGUUCUUCAAUAUCACGGGUUUUUGUUAAUGUUUUAUAAGUAAUUUUCCCUACUUGAUUUUUCUUUUAUAAAAUCUCAUAGAACAGUGUUUAUGAUACAGCCAUUUAAUAUAUGUACAAAUUGUAAAGAAUAUGUAUAAAUGUUUUACACAAAUGUAAGAGCAUGUAGAAGCCAACAUAUAAAUAAAUUGUUUUUAAAAAUGUACAGUAAAUUCUCAAGCACUUUUUCAAAACA